GAAACCUUCAAUAGGUGCCAGCCCUUUCCAAGGUCCCGUUCAGGCUCGUCGUGCCGGCUACUUGCGCAAGGGAAAGGGGUCCUUUGUUUUGUUACAAGCCCCAGUUCCCGCCUCCAGCCAUGCCUCUGCUUCUAAACUGGUUUAUGCAGGAGGCGUCGUAGUCCCUGUUUAGUAUUCCGCCUUUACUGGAACCUCCUUUCCUGAACCUCUUUAGUCAUGUUGUUAGUUUCAUAUUGAAGCAUGAAUCCGGGUUCAGUGGCUAAAAAGCACCUAUCUCCAGGCAAGGGCGAGGAGAGACUCCCUGCCUGAAAACCUGGAGAGCGAUAUCUGCCAGGGCUUGUUGACAAUACAGUACCAAUGGGCUGACUUAAGUUGUAGAAGGCAGCUUCCUUUUUUCGUGCAAAUGAAGGUGAAUCGGGUGGAGAGAGGGAGUCUGCUCCGCCAGCUCCGCUGUUUCCUUUUCCUUCUUUUGCCGAUUGGGGAAACCUUCAGAUCGGUGCUUUGCAAGGUGUACCUAUGAAGUCUCCUUUCGGCGUUGCUCGCCGGCCUGAUCCUGCCGGCUGCUUGCGCAAGGGAAAGAGAUCCAUUUUUCUUUUCUUUUUUUAUGCAAAUCUCAGCCAUGCCUCUGGGGCAAUUGACCUCCUGGCCCGCAGAGGAGCUGUCUCUUUCUAAACUUGUUUAUGCACGCAGGAUCGCCCCCCUUUCGGCUUCCACCUUUACUGAACUUUUUAAUCGUGUUGUUGGAAGGGGGAGGUGGCUCAAGGCGAAACAAACGCGCCCGCUAGGUUCUUUCUUCGGCCGCUUUUGGUUUGCUUUUUGGCUUUUGGCUUGUUUGUUUAUUUAUUUUGGAAAGUUGGCCAUGUGGACGCAUUGCAAGCCGAAGCUGUCAAACUGCGAAGUUUGGUUGCAAAGCUUAGGGCAAGCAGGGAAUCAAAAGUGCAAAGCUUGGGGCAAAAGGCCAAUCGCGUUUUCCAAAGGCUGGAAUCAGCAAGCGGAGCCCAUGGAUCAACAAUGCUCCUCACAACACCCAAGGGAGCUUUUUGCCAGGAAAGAAAUUGGGGUCUUUUGUCAAGAGCAGCCUAGGAUUGGAAAUCCAUACCUGGAAGAUGCUUUUCUUCAGGAUUACUUGAAAUCACAGCUACCAACUGAGGUGUUUGCUGACGUAAGUUUGGACCUUGAACAGUUUGGGGCUCGAGUGAAGGAUGAAAUUGAUCUCCUGGGACGCGAGUGUGAAUUAAACCCUCCACAACUUAAGCAGUUCGAUGCCUGGGGGCGGCGUGUGGAUGAAAUUAUCACCUGCCCAGCCUGGAAGAGAAUGAAGGCGAUCUCGGCUGAGGAGGGGCUGAUUGCUGAGGCUUAUGAGAGAAGAUAUUCUAACUGGAGCCGCGUUCAUCAGAUUGCCAAACUCUACCUUUUUGCACCUUCUUCUGGUUUUUUUUCAUGUCCUCUGGCCAUGACUGAUGGAGCAGCAAAAGUAAUAGAGUCCUUAGGUAUCCCCAAACCCCUCAAAGAAGUUUUUAUCCACUUGACAUCACGUGACCCUGCCAAAUUCUGGACUUCUGGCCAGUGGAUGACUGAACGGAGAGGGGGCUCUGAUGUUGCUCGUGGCACAGAGACAGUAGCCCUGGAACUCCCUGAUGGCAGCUACAGUCUCCAUGGCUUGAAAUGGUUUACUUCGGCCACCGAUUCAGAUAUAACUUUGACACUGGCAAGGAGCAUGACUGCUGAUGGACAAAUACAGCAGGGCUCCAAAGGUCUGUCUCUGUUCUACCUGAAGAUGCGCGAUGAGGAAGGGAAGCUGAAUGGGAUUGAGAUACAACGGCUGAAAGACAAGCUGGGCACAAGGCAACUGCCGACCGCAGAGCUCCUCCUAAAUGGAGCCAAGUCACUCAAGAUCUCUGCAGAGGGCCGGGGUGUGGCUUCCAUUGUAAACAUGCUGACCAUCAGUAGGAUCCACAAUGUCAUUGGUGCAGUUGGGUACAUGAGAAGAGUGAUCACCCUGGCAAGGGAUUAUGCCACCAAGAGGGAAGCCUUUGGAAAACCCCUGAAGGCUCACCCUUUGCACAUGCAGACUUUGGCUCGAAUGGAGGUGCAAGCUCGAGGAGCAUUCCUGCUGAUGAUGGAGAUAGGGAAAUUGCUUGGACUGGAAGAAACCAAGAAGGACACUGAACAAGACCAGCACAUGCUUAGGCUGCUGACGCCUGUUGCCAAACUUUACACUGGGAAACAAGCUGUUGCGGUUACCUCAGAAGGGCUGGAGUGUUUUGGAGGGCAGGGCUACAUGGAAGAUACAGGCCUGGCAGGAAUUUUACGGGAUGCCCAGGUAAAAGUUCUGCAGUUCAAAAAUGUACUCUCUGCAUCUCUUUCUCCAGGAUUAAGAAUGCACCAGCUGUUGAUAGAGAAUGUCUUAGAAAGAGCAGCUUCAAACUGUGCCCCUACAGCUUGUAACUGGAUUUACGCGCCAAAUACCAGGGACUUCAAUUUAACGGUGCUAACUAUCUGGGAAGGAACAACCAAUAUCCUCUCUCUGGAUGUUCUGCGCUCCCUAGUCAAGAGCCAAGGAAAAGUGCUGGAUGCAUUUUUCUCUACUGCCCAGGCCAGGUUGAAGGUGGCGCUUAGCGUCUCUGAACUGGAACUUUCUGUGCAAAUAGUUCAAAAUGCUCUCCACAAACUCAAACAGUUCACUCAGAAAAUAAGCUUAAAGGGGGAAGCCGGGAUGCAGCUGUCUGCAAGAGACUUUGCCUAUGCUCUGGCACGGAUCUAUGGAGGAGUUCUCCUGCUGGAAUAUGCUGCCAGGCCGAAUGCAUCAGCCACAGACAUCUAUACUGCUCAGAGAUGGUGUCACCAAGACAUGUGCCCUGUGGACAGUGAAGACAAAGCUGGGUCUUAUAGCACUGGAGCAGCUUCUCUGGAUACUUCCUUGGUUUAUGACAAACACCCAGUUCUGAAAGGAAGACUGUAAGAAGGAAGGCAGAAGAGAUGCCAUGCACUAUCCUGGAAUAAAGAAGUUAGUGGGGAGAGAGACAGUUCUGAUACAAUAAAAAAGGUAUUGCUUACCCUGAAGUAAGCUGGCAAAGACUGCAGUAAAUAAAAGUAGAAAGUUGAGAAACAAA